AGAGUGUGUGCCACUGAAGAGGCUGGGUACUUCUACAGUCGCAUCUCAAACCCCACCGUUGCCGUCUUCGAGAAACGUUCUGCUGCUCUAGAAGGAGGCACUGCGGCAGUCGCAACGGCCUCUGGGCAGGCGGCCAUCUUCAACACCAUCAUCUGUCUCGCUGGAACCGGGGACAACAUCGUAGCGUCCAUUAACCUGUAUGGCGGCACCUACAGCUUGUUCAAGACCCUUCUUCCGCGACUCGGGAUUACUGUCCAUUGGGCUAAGCAGGAAACUCGGGAAGAAUUUGCCAAGUAUAUCGAUGACAAGACCAAGAUGGUCUACGUCGAGAGCAUUGGCAAUCCUCGAUGCAGUAUCCCCGACCUACAGGGACUGGCUGAUGUGGCACAUGAAAACCAUAUUCCGCUUGUGGUGGAUAACACUUUUGGAGCCUGCGGAACGUGGUGUAAGCCCAUUGACUUCGGUGCCGAUAUCGUCCUGCACUCGGCCACAAAGUGGAUGGGCGGGCACGGCACUGUCGUUGGUGGCGUUAUCAUCGACUGUGGUACCUUCGACUGGGGCAAGGCUGGUGAUCGCUUCCCUCGCCUGAUGAAGAAAGAAGGCCCCAUGAACUUCUCUUACUGGAAGGCUUUCGGGAAUAUCGCUUUUGCUAUGGCUCUCCGAUUAGAUAUCCUGAUGGAAGUCGGAUCCAUCCUCGCUCCAGCAUCGGCCCAACAGCUCUUGAUCGGCAUGGAAACUUUAAGUUUGCGCUGUGAGCGUCAUGCCAAAAAUACCAUGGAGGUGGCCCGGUUUUUGGAAGGUCAUCCAAGGAUUGCUUGGGUGAAUUAUCCAGAUGAGAGAAAACUGACCAAGAGGUCGGCAGGCCUCGAGAGCAACCAGUAUCACGCGAAUGCGAAGAAGUACCUCAGGCAGGGGUUCGGAGGCGUGCUGGCUUUCGGUCCCAAAGGAGGAGAUAAGGCGAGCAAAAUGCUCCUGGACUAUGUCCGAGUCAUCUCUCACCAGACCAACGUAGGAGAUUCAAAAACGCUGGCGACCCAUCCCUGGAACUCUACUCAUGUCAUCAUGUCCGAGAAAGACCGCCGUGAGGCCGGAAUUACCCCUGCUUUCAUCCGAUUCUCCGUCGGAACUGAAGACGUGCGAGAUAUCAUCGAAGAUCUUGAUCAAGCUCUGGCCAAGCUCCCCGACGACAUCGUCAAUGCACACAACGAGAAACUGGAGGCUAAGCUCACUGCCGGCACCGAUAUCUGCGAUACGAAGACAAAAACUGCACUCAAUGGUCAAAUUGACGUGAACGAUGUAGAUGUUGCGCUAUCGAGAUCGAACCACCCAAUCGCUUGACUGUCUACGAUAACUUGACAAACUGGUG